AUGAGGAAAACUCUGCUACUCGUCUUUAUUCACGGCUUCAAGGGCGGCGAUGAUACUUUUGGCACGUUCCCUCAACAUUUGCGGGCCCACGCCAGCAGAGCACUUCCUGCGGUCGAGGUCGUCACUGCUGUCUACCCCAAGUAUGAAACCAAAGGUGACUUGAAAGAAUGCGUGGCGAGAUUGCGAGAUUGGCUACAAGAUACUGUGAUUGAUCUCGAAGUCGCCAACCAUACCGCAUCGCCUACCGUCGAUCCCUCUGUCCAUGUUGUUCUUAUCGGUCACUCAAUGGGAGGAAUAGUGGCAGCAGAGGCUCUCCUUAUGCUGGCAGCGGAACAACCAAUUCCUCGGAAUCCGACUACAAAUACACAGUCCGGGUUCACAGACGACCUCGAAUCUGUCGUGGAGCCGGGUACUUUCAUGUUCCCCCAUAUACAAGGCGUGCUUGCAUUCGACACUCCAUUCUUGGGAAUAGCACCAGGAGUCGUAUCGUACGGCGCAGAAGGACACUACCACAAUGCUGCAACCGCUUACAACACAUUCUCAGAGGUUGCAGGAUUAUUCGGUUACAGUGGAAAAGGCAGUGCAUCAAACCAGGGGACCACCCAUGCAUCCCCACAAGAGCCACCCAAAGUGUCGUCUUCCACACCCGACGCCGCCGCGACACCUUCCUGGCAACGAUGGGGUAAGUAUGCCAUGUUCGCCGGCGCGGCUGGUGCUGUUGCCGCUGGCGGUGCAGCCAUGUAUACGCAGCGCCAGAAGCUCACUGACGGGCUUGGAUGGGUGUCAUCACACCUUGAGUUUGUCGGUUGUCUCACGCGCACGUCGGAAUUGCACCAGCGUCUCGUGCGAUUGUCGAAUGUUAAGGAGGAACGUGGAAUCGGGUGUGCGAACUUCUACACAUGCCUUGGAAAAGGUGCGACGAGUCUGGUGGAAAACACAUCGGCAAACAAAACAUCCUUUAGUCAAAAAAUUAUCAGGUCGAGGAAUAGGACAUUCUGUGCAUUGCCAGCGGAGGUGGAACGUGGCGAGGAAUCUCAAAGCCCAGGGCUUUUGUGGACCAAGGCAGUUAACGAUCAGGCUACUGACGAAACCAACGCCCAUGUCACCAUGUUUCUGUCCAAAGAGAAUCCUGCAUUUUUCGAAAUGCUCAGUGAAGCGUGCGCAGUCUUGGUCAAGUCAAUAGACAAGGGCUGGUAUGAUUCGUCCACGGGUCCGGCCAAGAAAGACGAUAUCAAACAACCACAGGCAACACGGGACACAAAAUCCAAAACGGAUGGGGACUUUAUGGAUGGUGAUGACGUUGUCAUCGUUGACUGA